AUGUUAUAUGUAAAUAAUCUUCUACGACCAAAACACAAAACUUCUCUAUUAGGAACUGCUGUCAUGCAAGAAAAUCUUAUCUGGAUAAAUAAUGCUAUAAGAGAUAUACUUAACUUGAAUAUUAAUAUUCCUUUACCAACUAAAAUCGGUUCACUACGUCGAAGUUUUGUUCAACAAAAACAAGGAGCAAGAUUAAAUGAAGUAGAAACAGAUGAUGAUGAAAGACCAAUGAAUUCCAUUGUCUCAGACGAUGAUCAGAUUGAUAUACAGAAAGAUAUAUCAACAUUAAAUAUUUAUUCAUCAUCAUUUUCACCAUCAGCAACAAGUCGUUGUAUUAUAGUUUGUUCAUCAUUGCAUGAUAUUGAACAAGGACAAAAAAUAAAAACAACCCUUCAUGAAACUUAUAAUAUUCAAUGUGAUAUUCGUCUUUGUUCAAUAUAUAAAUCUACUCAAGCUAUAUUAAAAUUUCUCUCAAAUUAUUCCUAUGAACAUUGUCGUCCAACAGUUUUUGUUACACUUGGAAAUAUAAAUAAUGGUUUAGCUAUGUGUUUAUCAUCCAAUUCUCAAUAUCCUGUUAUACAUUGUUCAUUAAUAAGUAAUGAACAACAAAAUAAUUUAUUUGACAUUAAUUCAUAUUUAUCACAUGAUGCAUCUAUGUUUACAAUUGUAUUUACAGUGUUCAGUGCAAUACAAAAUGUUGUACAAAUUCUUGCUAUGAAUGAUUGGAGAUUAUGGACGAAACAACGUGGAAAACGUUUAAAAAAUUAUAUUGAUCUAUUAAUAGCUGAUCAACAAUUAACAACAAAAACAAAAACGAUAACUAAACAAACAACGAGAGUUAGUAGUGGAAUUUUAACACAUAAAUAA